AUGUCUUCUCCCUGGGCUAGCCCUGGUCCCCGAUAUCGUGACCACCUUGAUAUCGUUCAAUAUCUUCUAGAUAAUUACCGCGCACUUGCGAUAUCAGCAGGACAGGACCCACAAACCGAUGUGAUGUGCAUUAGCUAUGCUCGAGACCUUCGCCGCGGUGCCCGAACCCUCCUUUCUCGACUGUUCACAGCGGAUAAUAUAUUUUUCGCCAAUAUGCCUCAGUCAAUGCUCUGGGUGGGCGGCCCCCCUAGUAGCUUGCUCAGAACUAUAAGCAGCUAUAUCAACCAAUCUACCGCCCAAAGCUUUUGUGCUCCUCCUUGUGUUCCCUGUCUUAUGGCACUUUUAUCCGCGCCUGAGAUUCAAGCCGAUGCGCUUGAUGAAUGCCUACACAGUGACCCUUCAAAUCGCUGCCGCGGAUGUUGGAAUCAGAGCCGAGUAUGUUAUCGCCUUAACUCCUCCAUAUCAAACUCUGUGAUGGUCACACUCACUACCGCAUUCCGCUCCGAGCUGCGUAACAGCCUCCCCGCCCUCUCUAGUCAUGACGCCCGCCGAGCUUUGAUUCUUGCUAUGUACUCUGAGCAUCGCCGUGCAUCCUGGGCAGAAUAUCUCCGCUAUUCCCCUGGUACUGGUGCUGAACCAGUACCGCAGCCUGGCUCUGAUGUCGAGAAACUGGUCUCGGAGCAAGAGUGUCGUGAACCACGAUUGGUAGAGGAGGUUAGUGAUCACUGA